CGGGGCCUGAGCGCCGUGAGUCGGGGCUGAGGCGGAGCCGCCGCCGGGGCCCGAGCCGCUGCCGCCAGCCUCGCCUGCCCGGAUCGGGCCGACCCCAGCCGCGACGCGGGAGACGAGCCGGCCGUCCCGGGCCGGGGGAUCCGCCCGCCAUGGCCACCAAGGCUCGGGUUAUGUACGAUUUUGCUGCUGAACCUGGAAAUAACGAGCUGUCAGUCAGUGAAGGAGAGAUCAUCACGAUUACAAACCCGGAUGUUGGUGGCGGAUGGUUAGAAGGAAGGAACAACAAAGGAGAACGAGGGCUCGUUCCCACAGACUAUGUUGAGAUACUGCCCGGAGAUGGAAAGGAUCAGUUUUCUUGUGGAAAUUCAGUGGCCGACCAAGCCUUCCUUGAUUCCCUCUCGGCAAGUGUGGGUCCAGCCAACCUGUCAGCCCCCAGCAGCAGUAACCAGGUCAGCAGUGGCAAUGACCCCUGGUCAUCCUGGAAUGCCUCCAAAUCUGGGAAUUGGGAGAGCUCAGAUGGCUGGGGAGCCAAGCCAGAGGGGGCUGGAGCCCAGAGAAACUCUGCCAACAAUUGGGACGCUGCCUUCGGCCACCCCCAGGCCUACCAAGGACCAGCUACUGCUGACGAUGAUGACUGGGACGAAGACUGGGAUGACCCCAAGUCCUCUUCGCCUUACUUCAAGGAUGCAGAAUCCUCUGACGCAGGUGGCGUCCCCCGAGGCAACAAUCGCAGCAGUGCCUCCAUGAAGCUGCCCCUCAACAAAUUUCCUGGAUUUGCAAAACCUGGAAUGGAACAGUAUUUGUUGGCCAAGCAACUAGCAAAACCCAAAGAGAAAAUUCCAAUCAUUGUUGGAGAUUAUGGCCCAAUGUGGGUUUAUCCUUCCUCUACCUUCGACUGUGUGGUAGCAGAUCCCAGGAAAGGCUCCAAAAUGUACGGUCUGAAGAGCUACAUCGAGUACCAGUUAACACCCACGAACACUAAUCGAUCUGUAAACCACAGGUAUAAACACUUUGACUGGUUAUAUGAACGGCUCCUAGUUAAGUUUGGGUCUGCCAUUCCAAUCCCUUCUCUUCCAGAUAAGCAAGUCACAGGUCGCUUCGAAGAGGAGUUUAUCAAAAUGCGCAUGGAGAGGCUUCAGGCGUGGGUGACCAGAAUGUGCCGGCACCCGGUGAUCUCAGAAAGCGAGGUUUUCCAGCAGUUCCUUAACUUCCGAGACGAGAAGGAGUGGAAAACUGGAAAGAGGAAGGCUGAGAAAGAUGAGUUGGUGGGAGUCAUGAUAUUCUCCACCAUGGAGCCAGAAGCACCUGACUUGGACUUACUGGAAAUAGAGCAGAAGUGCGAUGCCGUGGGCAAGUUCACCAAGGCCAUGGACGACGGCGUGAAGGAGCUGCUGACCGUGGGACAGGAGCACUGGAAGCGCUGCACAGGGCCAUUGCCCAAGGAGUACCAGAAGAUAGGAAAGGCUUUGCAGAGCCUGGCCACCGUGUUUAGUUCCAGUGGUUAUCAAGGUGAAACAGACCUCAAUGAUGCGAUAACAGAAGCUGGGAAGACGUACGAGGAAAUCGCCAAUCUGGUGGCAGAACAGCCGAAGAAGGACCUGCAUUUCCUGAUGGAAUGCAAUCACGAGUACAAAGGCUUCCUGGGCUGCUUCCCUGACAUCAUUGGCGCGCACAAGGGAGCAAUAGAGAAAGUGAAGGAAAGUGAUAAACUGGUUGCAACUAGCAAAAUCACUCCACAAGACAAGCAGAUGAUGGUGAAGCGAGUUGGCACCAUGUCUUACGCUCUUCAAGCGGAAAUGAAUCACUUCCACAGUAAUCGGAUCUAUGACUACAACAGCGUCAUCCGCCUCUACCUGGAGCAGCAGGUGCAGUUCUAUGAGACGAUUGCGGAGAAGCUGAGGCAGGCCCUCAGCCGCUUCCCCGUUAUGUAGAGCGGCGGCACGCGGGGACCACCAGAGUGCUGCUUCGGACUUGGGGCGAUGCCGUUGGCAGCAGAAGUCUCCCUCCGUCCUCCAAGGAGAGAAAACCAAAAGAAAUCAGACUGGCACAGAGCCGUGCUUCCCUCACCAGCCGACGUACGUCGUUCUUUAGGGAUGUGUGUGAUUCCCACGCCCAACACCUAAACCAAUGGAAAUUGUCUAUUUUUGGAAAGUACUUAAAUUUAUCAAAAUUUUGAAUGGAAGAUUAGGGUUUUCCUCCCACUCAUAUUUUACUUAGAAUCGUAAUUUAUAAUUCACCCACAAUCUUGCAAUUCUUACCCAAUGUCAGAUAAUUAAAUACUAAUUGCUUUCUUAAAAAUAUGGAAUAUGUCAGAAUAAAAUAUAUAUAUUUGUAUUUUUUUAUAACUUUUUCCAGUCCUUCGAAAGUCUGCACACUUUGUCCUCACACUGUGUGACUCAAGUGCUCCCAGCGCGGGAGGGGGGCCUGGUGGAUGGGCCCCCGCAGGGCACUGCCUCCCUUGGGCGCUCCUCGGCACAGCACUCCUGCCCAGUGCUCUCUGCAUCUUCCUGGCUGUGGUUCAGGCAUGUGUUGUUCAGGAAAGAGUGAGUGAGCAAAUGAAGGGACUUGGCAAGAAAUCCUGGGGCUCUGCUCCCCAACGUGGGUGUCAGCACUGACCUCGUGGCCAGAGCCAGAAGGCCCAGACUGGCACCCUCCAGCCAGAGGUACUGUUCAGAACAUGGCCACUACCUGUGGGGACGGUGGGUCCUGCAAGCCAGAAAGGGGGUUUUCUCACGGCUCCUCUGCCCACCCCGCCAAGGGGCAGCACCCUGGGCCAUGUGCGGGAUCCAGGGUGCAGAGGGGUGCUCUGUCCGCCUGCCUCACGUAGUUAGUGGCACCGAACAGAACGGGGGCCUCGCCGAGCGCGGCUUGCUGCUCCAGGCAGUGGUUCAAGCGCCUUGCACACCUGCCUUACUGCAUCAUCUCCCGUGGCGCUCAGGAUGGGGAACAAGUCCGCUCCCACACAGCUGAUGCAAAAGUCCAUGAGAAAAACUCGGAGAACAUGGGUGUGCUCACUUGUUCUUCGCUAUCACAAGGUUGGUUAAUGUUUUAUAAGUAAUUGUCCUCUCUUGAUUUUCCUUUUAUAAGAUCCCACACAACAGUGUUUAUGAUACAGCCAUUUAAUAUAUGUACAAAUUGUAAAGACUAUGUAUAAAUGUUUUACACAAAUAUAAGAGCAUGUAGAAGCCAACGUAUAAAUGAAUUGUUAAAAAUAUUGUACAGUAAAUUCUCCACGCACUUUUUCAAAA